UAAACUGCUGCCUUAAUGCCUGCUGACCCUGACCUCACUCUCCUCACUGAGCAAUAGCUCCAGACCAUCGAUGAGCUAUUAUCCGACCUUCCACUACAGCUCCAGAUGAGCUGUUGCCAUCAAUGUCUUUACAAGCUAGCGAAUGCAAUAACCGCCACUUGUGAUAUGUCUCUAUCCACAAGCCACGCUAUCGUGAGCUUCACCCGCCUCUUCGAAUAGACAUGGCCUUCCACGCUGCCGCAGUCAGUUAUCCAACCGCCAUGCAGGAGCUCUCCGAGACGAGUCUUCCAAUAUUCAAUGUCGAACGGGUAUCGUUGCAGUUUGAUGUCUCAUCCGACUUUGUCGCCGCACAGGUGGCCGACAAUGUCCUCAUUCUUGCCCUGUCUUCUGGUAGGAUAUUGCGGAUAGACCUCGAUAGCCCCGAGGACAUUGACGAUAUUGAUCUUCCCAAGAAGGCUUCCGAAAUUGGCGUCAUCCGUCUCAUGUUCCUGGAUCCGACCGCAUCCCACUUGAUCAUCACUACCUCCCUCAGCGAGAACUUCUAUCUACAUUCACAAUCCCGGCAGCCGAAAGUGCUCUCCCGGCUGAAGGGAGUCCCAAUAGAAUGUGUUGCGUGGAGUCCCUCGAACCCAACCGCGUCGACCAGGGAAAUAUUGAUUGGAUCAGGAGAUGGAAAUGUGUAUGAAGUAUACAUCGAGCCAUCCCAGGAGUUCUAUCGCAGGGAAGAGAAGUAUCUCAAACAGGUCUAUAAAUGCCCCGACGGCCCUGUAACGGGCCUUUUCACCGAAAUGGUACCAGGCAGGGCGGACACAAGGAGAGUCCUUGUCGCAACUCCCAAUAGACUUCUUCAUUUCGUGGGAAAGGCCGGGAGGCAUGGUCAUGAAGGAAGCGGAUCCAUCUUCUCCAAGCUAUUCGAUAGCGAACACCCCGCCGUGUCCGAAGCAGCCCAAGCGAGCUCAACAGCACCGUCUUCCUUGACAGUAUCGCCACAACCCCAGGAGAUGUAUUUAUCAAUAACAGAAGGCUACGAAAGAUUAUACGCCUGGCUUUCCUCGCAGGGUAUCUUGCACGGCAAGCUCUCCGCUUCAGAUGACAUCGGGAGUCUUGGCAAUAAAGUGUUCGCGGAGUCAAAACUACUUGCAAGAAACCAGAUUCCUCUGCCAGGUACGAGUGGCCGCAGAAAGAACAAUUACCCGACUAUUUCAUCGACGAUGCUCAGCCAGUGGCACAUCCUUCAACUCGUGGAGGGGCGAAUUGUUGCGAUUAACCAGCUCGACCACUCGGUUGUCUACGACCAACCGGUUCUGGAGCAAGAUGAGAAGGCACUGGGUCUCGUUGCUGAUCUCACCAAGAACACGUUCUGGUUGUUCACUGAGCAAACUAUAUUCGAAAUCGUUGCGAAUGACGAAGGCCGCGAUAUUUGGAAAAUCCUCCUCAAACAACAGCAAUUCGAGGCCGCAUCGCAACAUGCAAAGAGUGCCACCGAAAAGGACGCAGUGGCGACCGCAUCGGGAGAUUAUCUUGUACAGAAAGGCCAAUAUCUGGAAGCAGCCACCGUCUACGGGAGAAGUUCGAAACCCUUCGAACAAGUCGCAUUGACUUUCAUAGACAAUGGCGAGCAAGACGCGCUCCGCGCAUACCUGACCACGAAGCUUUCCAUGAUGAAGCGAACGUCGACCAUGCAGCGAAUCAUGCUGGCGACUUGGCUCAUCGAGAUUUAUAUGGCAAAGUUGAAUACCCUAGAUGAUGCCAUCACUUCGAAAGCCGAACUCACCGAGGGUAUGAACACUGCAGAUAGCAAAGAUCAGCUUGCCGUCAUCCGCCGUGAGUUUCAAGACUUUGUGUUACGGCACAAGGCAGAUUUAGAUCCGAAGACCACGUAUGAUAUCAUCAGCAGCCAUGGCAGGGAGGAGGAACUCCUGCACUUUGCUACGGUUGUGAAUGACUACAACUAUGUGCUCUCUUACUGGGUUCAAAGGGAAAGAUGGGCUGAAAGUCUCGCUGUCCUAAGAAAGCAAACCGAACCGGAGAUCUUCUAUAAGUACAGCACUGUGCUCAUGGCGAAUGUGCCAGUGGAGACGGUUGAUAUCCUGAUGCGACAAUCCAAUCUCGAGGCAAGGCGGCUCAUUCCUGCGCUGCUGAACUACAACAAACUUGCCGAUGUCCCGUUAAGCCAGAAUCAGGCGAUCCGCUACCUCUCCUAUGAGAUCAACCAACGUCAAUCCAUUGACGCCGCGAUCCACAAUACUCUCAUAUCCAUCUACGCUGCUCAUCCUUCGAAAGAUGAGUCCGCCCUUUUGACAUACCUUGAAGCACAAUCGUAUGCGCAGGAACAAAACUACGACGCGGACUUUGCUCUGCGGCUUUGUAUUCAGCACAAACGAGUGCAUUCAUGUGUACACAUCUACAACUCAAUGGGCCAGUAUGUCCAAGCGGUCGAUUUAGCACUCAAGCAUGACGCCAUCGAGCUAGCGAGCUCCAUUGCAGAUAAACCCAUCAACAACCCGGGCCUUCGCCGCAAACUCUGGCUCGCCGUCGCCAAGAAGGUAAUCUCCGAGUCGAGCGGCGUCAAGACCGCGAUCGAGUUCCUGAAGCGCUGCGAGCUGCUGCGGAUUGAAGACCUUAUUCCGUUGUUUCCUGACUUUGUCGUCAUCGACGACUUCAAGGAAGAGAUCUGUGUAGCUCUGGAAGAAUAUUCCCGGCAUAUCGACGAGCUCAAGAAAGAGAUGGACGAAAGCGCCGUGACUGCUCAGCACAUCAAGACCGACAUCAAGGCACUCGACCAACGAUAUGCAAUCGUUGAACCCGGGGAGCGAUGCUAUAUCUGCAGGCUGCCGUUGCUAUCCAGGCAGUUCUUCGUUUUCGCGUGCCAGCAUGCGUUCCACGGAGAUUGUCUAGGGAAUAUGGUAGUCGAACAGGCAGGCAUUGGUCGCAGUCGCCGUAUCCGAGAACUACAGGUGGAAGUGAGUAAAGGGACGAGUCUAGGCGCGAGCCGGGAGAAGCUGAUCAAAGAACUCGACGCGCUUGUCGCGAGUGCUUGUGUUUUGUGCAGUGAAAUGGCCGUCAAGCGCAUUGACGAGCCAUUUGUGCUUCCUACCGACGACCAUAGCGAAUGGGCUCUGUAAUAUUCAGUAAACGAUGUUUGAUACCUUCGAACAAUACCGUUUUAUGGAAUCUAGUACCUCGAAUGGAUUCGCCACUCGACCUUUGAGCUGCCCGACUUGGUACAGUGCGUCAGCUGGGCGCAACACAUCGGCAAUGAGGAUGGUUUCAAGUCCACACAAACACCAAAGCAUGAGACCUACUGUUACUUCAUCCAACAGCCACCAUGGCACUGCGAUGCAGAUCUCACGACUGGCCCAUCUGUACAAUACCGAACUCAGUCUUCUGCGCUUCAUCUACCGACCACCCCUUCGUCAGGAAACGGGAGAUGCGUUACGAGUGAACUACGGGCCUCGG